AUUUAGUUGGUACUUUGAGUAACUACAUAGUACACCACAUUGAUAACUACGAAUACUCCGUUGAACGAUUGAUAAACGUUUGUCAUAACUUCAUACUAACUAACCAACAAAAUCUCAAAUAUUGUACCUAGGUAGUAACCUCGUAUAAACUUCAGUAUGCAGUAUGGUUGUAUAUAACUCACCACAUAACAUGCACAUCAUAUCACCAUCCCUGCCACACUGCAUAUGCCUCACCACCAAGAAAACAAUGACAACAACAACACAGAUAAAUCGAUCGACAUGCCUAAAACGGUCGCCUACACCACGCAGCAAACCAAAAAAACUCAAACAUUUUUUUCCCUCUCUCGCUCGCCAUUCCAAAUUCAAAACCAAAUCAUCCACAUUAGCGGCGGGUUUAAUAUCCCAUCGGGCACCAAUGCUGGCCUCGACGUGGCAGAAUUCUGGCCACUAACAGCAUCCGAUGAGCUGUUAUUUUCUAUACCGCUGCUGAUUGGCGAUGACUUGGUUAUUCUGAUUGUCGUUCUGCUUUGGGUUUCGUGCAUCCUCGUCAGCUUGCGUUUAUGCAGCCAGGAUUACACCGUUUCCAGCAUCAGGUGAGUUUGCGGUGUCAAGCACACGCAUUCAUAAUACAUUACAACCUGGAUCCCAGGUUGACAUGAACGGCCUUGACCUGCGAG